AUGGAGAGUUCUAACGUACCCUUUCCGGACAUUGACCCUUAUGAGGAGUUGCAAGUGAAGCAGUCAGUUACCCCUACAGAGCUCAAAAAAUGCUAUCGAAAGUUGAUGCUUCGAUAUCAUCCGGACAAAACCAACGAUUGGACACCAGAGGCAAAGGAAAAGUUCCACAAGAUUCAGUUUGCAUUUGAAGUUCUUGAUAAGUUUAAGGACACUUUCGAUAGAACCCAAUCCAUCGAGGCGUGCUUCGCAGGUGAGAGUCUGGCGGACUGGAAAGACUUGUUUGACACCGACGUGGUCAUCGAUCGUGACACGAUUGCCCAGGAUAAAGCUAGGUAUCAAGGCAGCUCGGAUGAAACGCAAGACAUCAUUGAAUCAUGGAAUUCAAAUGAGCAAGCGAAGCCUUCCAAGAGAUACACGCCCGAUGACGACCAAUUCACCUUGCUCUUUCAAGAGAUUCCCCAUAUCGAGGCAACUGACGAUGACGAAGCGUACAUACACGAAAGGAUAUCCGCUUUGCUUGCAGACAAACUGAUAACAGACUCCAAUGGCAGCUUUCAGCGGUGGAGCGCCAAUCGCAAGAAAUAUCUAAAAAGUAUGCAAAAGCGUCUAGCGAAAGAGGCAAAGCAAGCUGAUGACAUGCUUGCGAAUAUCCAGGACUCCCAAAGCGCAAAAGCAGCCUUAGGCGAUGAAGAUCAGUUGCGCCAGCUUAUCCAGAAGAAGAACAAAACAUCAUUUGAUUCUCUGAUUUCUAAGCUCGAAAACCAGGCCACUUCGAAGGGUAAACGCACAAAGAGAAAGACUGGAGAUAUUGAUGACGACCAAUUUGAGAGGCUGCAAGCGAAGAUGGCCAAGAGACGUCAGCGUUAA